AUGGGGUUACGUCGUCCGGAUAGGUGCCUAUAUCUAUAUCUAUAUCUAUAUCUAUAUCUAUAUCUAUAUCUAUAUCUAUAUCUAUAUCUAUAUCUAUUCUACGACUGCGGCACGGCCCCGGCGGAGUUCCUGGACCUCUUCACGGCGAGGAAAGCCUUCAUCUAUGUGCUGGAGAUCCUGGCGCAAGUGCUGGCGUUUGUCACGUUGGCCCGUCGGCUCCCACAGCGGUGGCUGGCCUUCAUCGACAACGUCGCCGGCCAGUGGGCCCUGACGUACGACAGGCGGUUCGCCGUGAACGCCGCGGCGGAUGAGCUGGUGAACUUAACAGUGCAAUGUGGGGGCUGGCGGCGCAGAGUGGGAGUGGGGAGCACCAGGCAGGAUGCCGAGAGCGUCGAAGGCGUGUUGGAAUCUGAAGGUCCCACGAUUCUCGAUGCCGCCGUGAUUCCAGGAGCAGCUGCUUGCGCAGCUGCCCGGGAACAGCUCCAGAUAUUUGCAGUGUCGCCUGGUCGAGGCUUCUUUAUGUUGGUGGAUGGAAGUGGUGGGGCAGCUGUAUUCCGCUGUCCGGAUCCGAGCACCUCAAGCUCGCGCUCACCCACAGUCACGGUUUCCUCAGAGAGCGUGAACGCGGUGAAGCUGCUAGAGUCGUCUCUGUUGAUGCGUACAAGACAGGCAAUUGUCCGGUGCAAGUUGAACAUGUCUGCAAAAGUGGAAGGGGUAAAGCGCGAGCUGAUCUCCCGGGAAGUGAUGCCUCUCGGGAUGGAUCCCAAGGCUCUGCUGAGGAUGCUCGACAUGCAAGGGGAGGACUAA